AUGAAAGUGUUUGCAGUGACGCUCAACAGUCGUGAGAUGCCGGGAAAGGUCUUCCAAACAACCCUGCCAUGUCCAGACGGGGAUGCGGAGGCGAGCGUGUUGGAGAGGCUCUUCAUUGGAGGAGUUCCGUUGAAUGUCAACACGAGGCAGAUCACAGACCGGUUCUCCGCCUUCCCUCUCCUAGAGGUCAGAGACAUUUACGUCUCAAGGGUGGACGCCGGAGACGAAACAUCGAAUUCCAAAAGAUUUGCGUAUGCAAGUGUGUUCGGUCCUCCUGCAGAGAUUCAACGUUUCAAAGAGUUGUACACGGGAACGAAAUGGAGUGGGAGCUAUGUGCGAGUUGAGAAAGCAAAGGUUUCUUACAUCGAGAAACUCGAACAAGAAUGGAAGAUUGAGUUCGAGAAGAAAGAGCAAAGGGACAAAGCGAGAGAGAAGAAGGCGGCUGUUCUGUCAAAGAAGUUGAGGGCGAUGAUUGUUGCAGACAAAAAAACCAAACCUGAGGAGAAGGAGAAGGUUGUGGUGAAGAAAGAACCAAAGCAUAUUGAAAAGCCAUUGUCAUCUGUUGAGAAGAAGGAUAAGAAGAGAGCUGUGAAGGAUGAGAAAACACAUGAUGAACCAUCGAAGAAGGAGAGCAUUCCGAGUGAGGACGACAAGGACGAGGUCCCUGCAGGGACAAGUAAAGAACACUUCUUCAAGGCACUUCCAGACAAAGACGCAAAAGGGAAGAUGAAGAAAGAUACAAACAAAAGAAACUUGCAAUUCAAGAACCACGAGCUUGAGAUCGUGGAGCCUCCAUCAUGUCAGGGUUUCGAGGCGUAUGAGCAACCUCCAAAGCAUCUGGAUGAGAAGACAAGGGAAGAAGCAAAGAAGGAGCAAAGUCUUGCCCUGUCAGUGUUGGACAAGGUUUGCAAGGAUGGAAGUACGAGGCAACGAACACUGAGAGAAUGGGCGGAAGAGCCGGAGUACAAUGAUGAGAUCGAGCGACUUGCGAGGUGGGAGGAGCAAGGCAUUCGCCCGUCCGACAUGGCAGGGAAGCGAAAGAAGAAAUUGCAAGAGAACGCCAAGAGCCAGCAAAGAGAAACUUUUCAACAUCAGGAGGAUGAAGAGGAGAAAGAGGCGGGAGGUGCUUUCAAGGCUGCGGAGGGAGCAAGGGAGGAAACAACAGGAAAUGGAGGAAGAGGAGGGAAGAAGGAGAAGGAGAAGGAGAAGGAGAAGGAGAAGAAAGAAGUGAAGAUUGCGGAACAGUUCGAGGAUGGUGAGACGGAUACGUUGCAAAAUGCAAAAGAGGAGCCUCCCAGAGGGAUUUUGAAGUCCAAGGUUCAAAACGAGGAGGAGAAGAAAGUUCCCGUGGUCAAGAACGAUGUUGAGGUGAGAUCGAAAGCGGAGCAGUUGAAAAAUAUCUGUGGGGAGAAUGUCAAGAAGGGAUUUUCAAUCCUUGGAUCGGUCUUGAUGACAACACCCAAGAAGAUUGAAGCAGUGAAUGAGAACAAAGGCCAAGUCGUCGCGAGCCAAGAGAGAAAAGUUGCAAACAGACCAGAAAAGAUUCAGACUGUACAAGACGGGGGUGGAACUGACGAGGAUGUUGAAGGAGAUGUGAAUGGAGAUGAAAUACUCCAAGCACAUGUAACAAACACAAACAAUAACGAGGAGGGAAACUAUCAGGCAACAUCAGAUCCUGCUACGUCAAAGAGAAAACUUUCUGCAAUCAGCGAAGAAGAUGAGGGAAAAGGGAAGAAGAAGAAGAAGAAAGAAAAGAAGGGGGUUGAAGAGAAGAAAACAAAAGAGAAGGGUAAGAGGAAAAGCAGUGAAGGUGAUGGAGCAAACGAUGUUGUAAGAAUCGAAGAUGUACUUUAUCACUUUCUCACACUGAUAUGCAGGAAAAUGGCGGAAAGACAAGCGAAGAGCAGGAGAAAACAGGAGAGGUUUGAAGAUCAGAACAAGAACAGUCAAUGGCAAGUGAAUGGAGAUAUGCUCGGAUUGAGGGCGUGGGGAGGGAUCUUGACAAAAGGAGGCGAUGCGUCAGGAUUUUCUCUAUUCGGACAAACAAGUUCGGAAGAGAAGAAUUUGUCAACAGAAUCUUUUUCGUUCAAUUUCAAUGAGAUGGCGAAGAAGUCGAAAGAGAAAGAGAAAGUGAAAGAGAAGGAGAAACACAAAAGUCCAACAGGCGGCAAGAAAGAUCAGAACAAACCAUUGCCAUCAUCCUUGUCUUUUGCUUCCACUCAGUCCGGAGGCUCCAAAUUUUUCAGGCAGGCAGAAUCUGAGAGUUCGAUCCUUGAAAGCUGGAAGACACAGAGGCGGGAGCAAGUCCGCCAAGUCAAGAGAGAGAGGGUCCUCGGUCUGAGGCAUGCGGUGCGGGCAAGCGAGCACAAGUCAAGUAAGAUGAGUCCCAAGGGGAGGAGGAUGAAGAUGAAGAAGAAAUAA